AUGUUUUUACCUGCCCUUGCACGGCAAAGGUACGAUCCUCGCCGAAAGCAGCGUUGGGGUGGCAAAGUUGGGAUAUGGUCUUUCACGGAACAGAAGUCUACAAGGAAUAUCUUCUGA